AUCUGGUGUUGGUUUGUGUUCAGCUCAUCAUGCAGCUGUUCCUGCGCGCUCAGACUCUGCACACGCUCCAUGUGUCCGCUCACGAGAGCGUCCGCGAGCUGAAGGCUCGUGUUCAGGCUCUGGAGGGUCUGUCUGUGGAGGAGCAGGUGCUUCUGCUGGCUGGAGCUCCUCUGGAGGACGAUGCUGAGCUGCUGAGCUGUGGCGUCACUGAGCACUGCACUCUCGAGCUGACCGCCAGACUUCUGGGAGGUAAAGUCCACGGAUCUCUGGCUCGCGCCGGGAAAGUGAGAGGACAGACACCCAAAGUGGACAAACAGGAGAAGAAGAAGAAGAAGACGGGCCGCGCCAAGCGUCGCAUCCAGUACAACCGGCGCUUCGUGAACGUGGUUCCCACCUUCGGCAAGAAGAAGGGCCCCAACGCCAACUCCUAAA